UAACUGUCUUUCUCUAACAACCAUUUCCUUUCCCAGACAAUCGAUACAGUUAAGGAAGCAAUAAAUGAACUCAGAUUCCAAACUCUCAUGAGCUGAGAGAUGAUGGUACAUACUCGUACUAUAUCCAAGCUCACAAGACCGAAACGCAUCUGAUCGGAGCUCGUCCUCGCCGGCGGUUAUCCAUGCCGGGCCCCGGUCCGCACCUGAUGUACGCCAUGGGUUCGGGUCUGGCUCUGACCACUCUCACCAACGGCAGGUUCAGCCCCCACCACACCCUGAUCUAUACCGUCAACGCCUUCUUCGGCCCCGACAUCGGAUCCUUCACCGAAUGGCUGGCCUCCCUCGUCGGCGGCUUCGGCUUCGACUUCGGCUCCGAGCUCGCUGACGCCAUCCACCACCCCUUCUACUACGUCAUCAUUCUUGGCCUCCCUCUUUGUAUUCUCUACUCCUGGCUCUCCAGAAUCUUCCUCCUCAAUAGGGUCCUCGACUCCUUCCCUCCGGUUCCCCUAACAAAGUUGCAGUGCAUCUUGUUGGUGUCAGCCGGUUCUUUGUCACAUUUUUUCCUCGAUCACUUGUUCGAGGAAAAUGGGCAUUCUGGUACGUAUACAUGGAUUUUGAGCACUGGUUGGUGGGAGGGCCGCGCACCUAUUAAUCCAGAUGCUGUUGUUGUCGUCGGCCUUUUAUGCAUUGGCUUAAUUGGUGGCUUUAUUUACAUCAACAGAGUUAAGCCUCCCAAGUCUGUUAACAAAUAUUCAUCAAAUGAAUCAUUCCAACUAAUCAUCAUCAUAGCAAGCCUGUACUGCUUAUGGUGCACAAGCCAAGUAUACUUGGUUAAUCCUCGUCGGCCAGCAGUUGGUGAAGAAGCUGACCUUGGAGUUCUCGUGUUUCUAGCCACUUUUCUCUUUUUCCCUCAUUUUUUGUGUAUAUUGUCCAUGCACCCAAGAGGUCAUGAGGGGUUGCUGCUUCCAAAAUAACAGUAUAAUCAUAUUGAUAAAGAGGACAUGCCACGCUUGCUGUCGAGUAUGAUCGAAGUAGAUUUUCCAAGUCUUGCCACAGCCCUGAGUUUUGUUUUGUUGUAGCUUGUUACCAUGAUUUUUCAGGUAUGUUUCAAAUUUGUAUCUUUUAUGUUUUGUCCUGAUAUAUAAUUUGUAUCUUAUUACUAGCUUUACUGAUAUACAAAUUGGAAGAGCUUGUUGACUAUAGCUGUACCUUGUAAUUCACUUGACGAAGCUUGAAUUUCUGCUCUUUUUCUAGCAGAAACCCUUGCAUUGUAUAAUAUCUCAACAAAUGAUGACUACUUUUUGGAUA